AUGUCGACAGGUUCGAGUUCGGAAGCAGUUAGUUUCAUAAGCCGUGGAGGAGCGAUGAUCAUUCGUAUGCGAGGCUUACCAUAUGAUUGUACUGAAAAACAAAUUAAAGAGUUUUUUGCUAGCGGUGAAAAUGGAUGUAAAGUGAUGGAUGACGGAAUUUUGUUUGUAAAUAAAAAUGAUGGUAGGCCAACUGGUGACGCUUUCGUAAUGUUUAAUGACGAAGCUGAUGGAUUAAGGGCACUAAGCAAACACCGACAUUCCAUAGGAACUCGCUAUAUCGAACUUUUCAGGUCAACUCAAGCUGAAGUACAACAAGUUGUGAGUAGAUUUGCAUCAGAAGGUUCUCAAACAACAGGUCAAGGAACAACGCGCAGAGACUGUAUUCGAUUAAGGGGUCUACCAUACGAAGCUCAUGUCGAAAAUAUCGUUGAAUUUCUCGGCGAAUCUGCUCGCCAUAUUGGCGUUCAUAUGGUUUUUAAUGCUCAAGGAAAUCCGAGUGGCGAGGCUUUCAUACAAAUGGAUUCGGAAGCAAGUGCUGCUUCAGCUGCCGCUAAUGCUCAUAAUAAAUAUAUGCAAAUUGGUAAGAAACAGCGUUAUAUUGAAGUUUUUCAAUGCGGACCUGACGAUAUGAAUUUGAUGGUAACAAAUCCACCUCAAAUACCCGCUCAAGUUAUAUUUCCAUCUCAACCACUAUUUCAACAACCUGAAAGCGUACAAAUUCUAAGAUGGGGUUCAACACCUUGCGGUGGUGAAGCAUUAAUAAGUUAUCAGCCUCGUUUGGAUUUGGACCGCGCUGCUCACGCAGAGCAAAUCUUCUCUAAUUUGCCUACAGCAACACCAAUUAAUUAUUCACUUAUUCACACUUAG